AUGUAUAGCAAGCGAGUAGGAUAUAUAAAGACGCGGGAUCGCGGCGUUAAUUUCGUAGAGAAGAAGAAGAGGGAAGGGAAGAGAAAGGGGAAGAAAAAAGAUGGGCGGGCGAAGGAUUUUUCUACUAAGGGAAACGUAAAUUGCUCCUGUUUUUGCGGCGGGGAUCUCUCUCUCGUCCGGUGCUUUCAGCCGGUAAUCACAUUAGCACCGUUAACGACGCCAUUACAGCUCCCGUGGCAAUCUAGAGAUUCUCCUUUCUUUUUUUCCAGGCGAAUGUUCCCCACUUGCCGGGUCUCGUUCAACGGAUUGAAAUCGGAGGGGAGGUACGCGGUGUUGAUGGACAUAGUCCCGGUGGACAACAAACGGUACCGUUACGCGUAUCACCGAAGCUGUUGGCUGGUCGCCGGUAAAGCGGAUCCACCGGCACCACCCCGCCUCUACGUCCACCCCGACUCCCCGUUCACGGGGGACCAGCUACGGAAGCAGGUGGUCUCGUUCGAGAAGGUGAAAUUGACCAACAACGACAUGGACAAGCACGGCCAGAUCGUUCUCAACUCGAUGCACAGAUAUCAACCGAGGAUACAUUUGGUACGGUGUCGACAAACGGACGACAACAAUCUUCGCAUAACCGAGCUUCAGAAGGAGGAGCACAAGACGUUCGUGUUCCCCGAGGCGAUUUUCACCGCGGUGACUGCCUACCAGAAUCAAUUGAUAACCAAGUUGAAGAUCGACAGCAACCCGUUCGCCAAAGGUUUUCGAGACUCGUCCAGGCUGACGGAUUUCGAUCGGUAGGUAUAUCGUACUUUAUAUAUCCCCGUAUAUUACGCGAUAGAGAAGAAACUCGCUACUAGGUACUACUUACGUAAUCCCGUACGGGCGAUCCAGCGCCGGUGGAUCGAUUGGUUUCGCCGCGUAUUUCGUGCACCGAGGUGGCGAGCGAAGCGAUCAUUACGCGCCAUUAUAACGUCGCCACCUUAAUCAUCGUGCCGGCCGAAUUAUCGACCGAUCUCUUAGAUCUCUCUCUCUCUCUCUCUCUCUCGUUAAAAGUGGAAUUUAUACGUGCGACGCUAAACGUUGAAAAGAAGGAGAGAGAGAGAGAGAAAGAAAGAGAGGCGCGUUUGAUCUCGUGAAUAAGCAUUGCACGCGUGGACGCUCGAUUCCGAGUUAUCCGCGAUCAUCUAUCUACGCGAAUGAUGACGCACCUGCCACCUCGCUCUCUCCUUUCCGAGCGUUUACGCGUGACAGAAAAGAAUUUUUUCUUUUUUUUCCUUUUUUUUUUAUUUUUUAUUUUUUUUUUCUCUCCAUCGUGUCAAAGGAUUAUCGCCGUCUAUAUACAAAGCGACAAAGUAAAAAAGUUGCGAUAACUCGCGUUUACCAUUAAUCUUGGCAGAUGGUAACGCCGUCUCCGCGUUAUCGGACGUUACGUUCGUUGGUGAACGAACCAUCAUCUCGAUUAAUCGCAAUCCCCCUCGCCCCCUCCCCCUAUUCAUCGCGCACGCUUUCGAAUUCGCUCACGAAUCAUCGAUCCGUCCUUCGUUUCGAUUAUUCGCCUCGUUUCGCUUCAAGUUUCGCGCGAAUACGUUACGCGCGUAAGCGUAACUUGCUUGCUUGCUUACGUACUUACUACCACUUAGGUGGGAAUCGAUAAAGUCGCACCGUGCCGUCUGCCAACAACACCUGCUGCCUUCUUCUCCUUCUUCUUCUUCUUCUUCUUCUUCUUCUUUUACCUUCGCGUGUCAAACGCGCUCGAUUAUAUAAUUUUUUUUCUUUUUUUCUUCGUUUAACCCCGUUACGAGAUAAUGGAUACGCGAUAAUUCAAAGAUCUCGAAACGGUGUAAAAUGCCCGAUUCCGGAUCGGAAAAGUCGUUAUUUCGUAAUUUUGUAAAAUUAGUUUGCGCGAAUAAAAAAAAAAAUAAGAAAAGAAAAGGAAGUUGAAGAAAGAUGUGUAUAUAUAUAUAUAUAUAUAUAUAGUGGAUACACGGAGUUUCUUUCUCCGGUUCCGCUCGGGACCGACGAGCACGUAAUCACGCGCGAAUCGGAGGCGUGUCCGAAGAAGAACAACUCUCGACCGAAAAGUCCUUCUCUCCGCUAAUGCGUUGGAUGCGCUUCCGAGAAUGGUAGGGCGUGUUUCGAACCGCGUUUCUCGAAAUUUUUCGUAAACCGUGAAGAAGAAGAAGAAGAAGAAGAAGAAAAAGAAGAAGACCGUGGAAGAAGAUUCGAUUCCCUCGCGACGGACAAAGUUUUCGUCAAACCCGAAAGUAGGGGAAGAUCGAGCACGCUUUAAUGACACGGCAGUUUGAAAAUCGCUACACGAGCAUCCCUCCCCUCCUCAAAUCAGCACCUGGCUAACCUAGCGGAGAUCGCGAAAAAUUUUGCCCCGUCAUUCGAUCGGCUCUCGCGGUCCAGUUACACGCUACACGCUCGCGGAGAAGGAAAAAGAAAGAGGGAAGGAGGAGGAGGAGGUGGGUUGGCGGGGAGGAAGGAGAAGAAAAAGGGGGAGAAGAAGGAUCGGUGGAUACGGCGGUUACGGCAGUCGUGUUCGGCUGCACGGAUGCGGCUCUGGCGGCGUCCAGAGUUAAUGAGAGAGCGGCCGUACGGGGCAAUACGGCGCAUGCUCCCGCCACUUCACGCCGCCGCUGAUAGAUAGAUGCCCCUUCGGCCCUUUCGCCCCCUCUCUCGCUCACCCCCGCUCACCCUCGCCCGUCCUCUAUCUUUCGCUCAUCCCUCCCCCCCUUUUCCAAUUCGCUCCUCUCGACGCCGCCGCAGUCGUCGCCACCAUCGUCGUAACGAACGUAACGAAAUAUCCUUCCUUCUAACGAAGAAAUAAAGAUAUUACGAUAUAUAUAUAUAUAUAUAUAUAGAUAUAUAGAAUCGGGAAAAUUUAAGAAUCAAGUUUAAAAGUUUAAAAGUCGUUAUUGGGCGUCGAAUUUGAUUCGUGGAGAUUUUCGUUUUCCGUUUUCUUCGUUCGAUGGAAGGAGGAAAGGGGAGAAGCGUAUGUCGCGUUCGUCGAUAAGGCGAAAACGAAGAGAGAGAGAGAGAGAGAAAAAGAGGGGGAAAAGAAAAGCAAAAGGGAGAAGAGGAGAAAGAGAGCGAUUCCAAAGUUGGCCGGAGCGCUCGGUUCCGGAGGGCAAGGAGGGCAGGGCAUUCAUCUAUAUUAGCUUCGAGAGCGGACGGCCUGUCAUUACCGCUGCCGCUCCGGCCUUCUUCUUCCUCCUCUUUUUCCUCUGGCAACUCUCCGCUUUCCUUUUCUCUCUCUCUCUCUCCCUCUCUCGAAGCGUCCUCGAGCGAGAGGAAGAUCUCGAAGGAGAAGAGGUUUCUGCUCGGUUCCUUUGGUUUCUCGCGUCCAUCGGCACCAACAACCCUCGCUCAACGACUCUCGACAACUUCGAACUCCCAUACACGAACGAAAGUCCUCCUUUCCUUAACUCCACGGCCCAUUACCAAACUGGCGCAGAUGGUUAACCCGUGAAACUACUCCUCCGGAUAUAUUAAAAAAG